AUGGACUCAUACCAGACGGCGUCCAGCCAAGGUCCUGAGCCUGUCCGCCCCCAAGGGCGAACUGCUCCCCCACUCCCAUCCUCACAGCCUCAUUUACCAACGCCUACGACGACAGCAAGCAAUAUCGACUCCUACUCUUUCACGAGAACGGCACCAAACUACACCCUCUCCAACUCACCACAGCAGCCACACCCGAAUCUCCCCCCAUACAACGCGCUCCCAUCACCCACUCCAUCAAGCGCCUCUGGACAUCUCGACUCGUACACUUAUACAACCUCGAGACCACCCAACUUCAGCAUUCCCUCGUCCACACAGCACCAUCUGUCGUCGUACUCGACUCUCCCGUCUCCCACAACCCAAUCUCCGCCCACUGGACUGGGACCGCGAGGACUACUUCCUGUCAGCGGAUCUUUUGGUCCACCUCCUCCAGCUUCGGGAAUGGCUCCUCCCCAACCUUACAGACCCUAUCCCUACCAAUCUUUGCCACAGUUGAACGGGCCGGUUAUGAGCAACAUUCAUCAGCCAGGCGGUCAGAUGGCUAUAAUUCCAGGCUUGGUCCAACCUCCUACCUUUUCGCAACACCCUCAUAUCAUGUACGGACAACAGUCGCAAACACCACAGGACCGUCCAUUCAAGUGCGAUCAAUGUGUUCAGUCUUUCAGUCGAAAUCACGAUCUUAAACGGCACAAGCGAAUCCAUCUCGCCAUCAAACCGUUUCCCUGCACAUAUUGCAGCAAGACUUUCUCUCGGAAGGAUGCACUCAAGAGACAUCGACUUGUCAAGGGGUGCGAGAUGAAAGCAAACGAAGGCAAUCAAGCCAAUAACCAGAAUGGUUAUCGAGAGGGAGAGGGCGAAUCUGACAACAAUACCACCAGCUCACAGAGCUGA